CUUCACGCCGAGCAGAUGAACGCAGUAACAGAGAGCCAGCCCACGACAUCGGAUGAGACUGUGGUGGCUGGUGGUACAGUGGUGCUCAAGUGCCAGGUGGAGGAUCCUGAUGACUCCUCGCUGCAGUGGUCCAACCCUGCCCAGCAGACCCUCUACUUCGGGGAGAAGCGAGCCCUGCGAGAUAACAGGAUCCAGCUGGAGAGGUCCACACCCAAUGAGCUGACCAUCAGCAUCAGUGACGUGGUGCUGUCGGAUGAGGGGGAAUAUACCUGCUCCAUCUUCACCAUGCCCGUGCGGACUGCGAAGGCCCUGGUUACCGUGCUGGGAAUCCCCCAGAAACCACAAAUCUCCGGUCACGAGCAGCCCAUUGAUGAGGAGAAGAUUGCGCGGCUGACCUGCCGGUCCUCUGGCAGCAAGCCUGCAGCCCAGCUCCGGUGGAAGAAGGGCAACAAGGAGCUGAAGGAUGAGGGCACCGAGAUCAUGGAGGACCCCAACGGAAAGACCUUCACUGUGAGCAGUCGGGUCGAAUUCCGUGUCACCAAGGAGGACAACGAAGCUGAGGUGACCUGCACUGUGGACCACGCGUCCCUGCAAAACUCCGAGAGGUCAACCACACAGAAGCUGCAGGUCCACUACAAGCCGACAGCGAAGAUUGAGCCACAUCCCCAGUACCCCCGGGAAGGCGAGAAGCUCCAGCUGCAGUGUGCUGGGCAGGGCAACCCCAUCCCCCAAGAGUUCCUGUGGGAGAAGGAGGGUGGUGACGCGCCCCUGCAGCUGAGCUCCGACAGCAUCCUCACCUUCCCCUUCCUCAACAAGAGCGACAGCGGCACCUACGUCUGCACAGCCACCAGCUCCAUGGGCAGCGUCGUGGCCAAGUACAACCUCGACGUCAGUGAUGCCAGCCCGGUGCCCUCCACCUCCAGCACAUACCAUGCGGUGAUCGGCGGGGUGGUUGCCGUCAUUGUCUUCCUUCUGCUCAGUCUUCUCAUCGUGUUGGGACACUACCUGAUCAGACACAAAGGUAUGUGCAUAAGACACGGGGAGACGGUCACAUCCAGCCAUCGGCAAAACCCAGCAGAGGUGAUGUGUACCUACCUGACCCAUGAGGCCAAGGGGUCGGAUGAUGCCCCAGACGCUGACACCGCCAUCAUCAACGCAGAGGGCGGCCAGGCCAGCGGUGAUGACAAGAAGGAGUAUUUCAUCUAGGGGCAUCGGAGAGAGUGAGAAAUGGAGCCAAGAGACCCCGAUGGAAACGGAAACCAGACCACAAACCCCACUCAACCCAACAGAUUUUCUCUCGUGCCCGGCAGGGGCAGACGGACGGACAGAGGGAUGGCGGGACAGAGAGCAGAGAGCAACUGGCCUGAGACAUGAUGCUUCUUCUUGAACUUGUACAAAACGUUAUUACUACGAACAGCGAAAGCCCCGGCCCCGUUUGCUUGCUUGCACCUCCAUCCCUGCGACCAGCGCUCGCGCAAAACACAGACCAACCAGUGAGUGAGCGACUUUCCUUCUUCCUUUGGACCUUUGCUUUGGUUUCGUGGCUGCUCUUUGCUUUGGGCCCUUGGUUGGGAUGUUGGGCUGGGGUCGAUGUAGCUCUUUUCCUUUGUUUCUCUCCAUUUUGGUUUCUUUGACAUCCAAGGAUAAAAUCAGCUCCAGUCUCUGGCGCCAGCUCGGGGCGGCUGGGAGGCCUCUCUGUCACAAGCACUCGCCCCACGUCUCCCACUGAGAGCUGGGACCCAGGUCCCAUUGCUCCCCCCAGCCUUGGCUGCUGCGUGGUGGCCCCAGCCCCAGCUGGGACGGGGACCGUGGCCGCUGGGACAGGAGCAGGAUGCCGACGGGCCACGUUUCUGCCUCUGAGGUCUUGUCAUGUGGCUGGGGUUGAGCAGGGAGGGACCCCGGCCCUGAUUUUAUCCUUGGUGGUUCUUGUCGAACAGUGUCCAUUUGGGAGGAGGGCUGUCCUCGUGCGGGAGGUGUGUGACGGGGGGAUGAGCUUCCAGGGUGGGAACCGCUGAGGCCCCUGAGAGACUGGGAGCUGCCGGGCACUGCAGCUCCUCGGUCCCACCCCAGGGGGAGGGGGGAGGGCAGAGGUUUGGGGGCGAAUCCAGGGAAAAAGCCCCAACUUUACAAAUUCUCAGAUUGGAAACAUCAAUUUAAACCAUCUAUUGAGAUGUUCAGUGCAGGAGGUCACCUGGGCCGGGAGCACCGGGCAGAGCCAGGGAGCUGGUGGGCCUACAGCCAUCGCCACUCUCCUCUUCACUGGGCAGGCUCUGGGGCCCCCGGACCCUCUGGAAAGAUAAUUUGGACCCUGAUGGUGGCUUCAACCAGAGCUCAUGCAGCCGGUGGCACCACGGGAGCUGGGCUGAGCUGGAGGUGACCUGCUCCCAAGGAGAUGUACAGAGAGGGGCUCCACCGGGGUCUUCUCCUCGGAGCCAUCUGUCCCCCUUCCCAGCCCCUUCCCACAGCACCUGGGAGCUUGGAAAAGGCCAUUUCCUUCUCAGCUGAAAGGGCUGCAGCCAACAGCAGCCAAAGUGCCCAGGUUUGGUGUCUCAGUAGUUUGUGGGUCUCCAAGGAGGCUUGCCCUACCUCCUACCUGUUUCACUCUCUCUUCCAAGACAAAACCAAGAAGCUUUCCCAACUUCUCCAGCAUGUCCCCAGGGUCUGCUUGGCCCACCUCAGCCGCACACCCACAGGAUGAGGCUGCAGGGGCUGCAUGCUCCAGCAUCGACAGGAUGCUCCCUGGGGAGCCGGGCCCCAUCCCUCAGCCUUGGGAUGAGGUUUCCAGCUUCCCAGCAUCUCUUGGGCUGGACACAAGAGGUGUGAAGGAGCUGCCCUUCAACUGGGCACCCCUUCGAUUUCGUGUUGUCUGGGGAAGGAGAGUCCUUCAUGAAGGAGUGAAAGCCAUCGGUGCUGUGGGUGACCUCACCUUGGAGGUGGAGGAAGAGCUUGUGAAGAGCAGGUACCCCUGCUGUGGGGUACCAGGUGCCCAUGGGGCAGGUAGUGUCGCUCGCACCCAGACCCUGCGAGCACAUGGCACGGGGAGGAUGCCCACAGGGAGGCCAUCGCAGAGCGAGCGGAAGGGGCUGGAAGGGGUUGGGUCCAAGCAGAUGAGGAAGAGGAGGCACAGCUUGGUGUCAGGCACAGGGUGUGAAUGAGCGAUGCGCUUGUGGCAUGGGCACAGAUGUGACUGGGUUCACCGUGACUAAAUCGUGUGUUGGGAUCACGCAGGGUGUUGGCACCUUGAAAGAGACAUGCAAGAAGCCUUCAUCGUACACGGCGAAGAAAACUUGUGGUUUUCUCAAUGUUGCUCCUCCCUUCCCAUCUCUUUGGAGGAGGACGUUGGCCUGGAGUCCCAACGGUGGCUCCAAGCUCAUUUUGAGGGAUGCAGCCGUUGCUGCCAGAGGUAACACUGCAGAUGCUGAUGCUGUUCACUACUCACUGCACACUGAGCACAUCUGAAUGUGCAGCCUGGCACUUUGCUGAAGAUCUUUAAAAUCCACUAUUGAAUAGACGUAAUUCCUUCAAAUAAAAAUGCAAGGAUAUGUUUUCAAGUAAAAUUUAAUCUCAUUGUAAGUCUAUGUGCUGUAGAUGGUUACAGAGCAAGCCCCAGCCCGGGGGUCUGGGAGGGAAGGGCGUUAACUGGUCCCCAGGGAAACGGAGAUGGGAGCUGAGCUCGCGCAGGGAUGUUUGUGUCCCUUCCAGGCAGCUUGGACAUAGCUGUGGCCGGUUUCUCCCCAGUGUUGCUGCUCUAGAGUGGCUUCAAGGGCUAGUGCUGGUGGUUGCCGCUUUGCCCUGGUGAGAGCAGUCAGGAUUUGGCCUCUUUGAGGUGCUGCGUGGUGUGGGAUGUGGCAGGAUGGGGUUAGGCACAGGGAUGGGACAUGGCAUUGGGGCAGGACCCACUGCCUGCGGCAGACGUCAGCCAUGGACGGGCCAGGUCCCACUCGGGUGGGCCCGAUGUCCUACAGCCACGGCAAGAGGCUGAGGUGGAGCCCCAGGCCUCGCAGGUCCUGGAGUGGUGGGAGCAUGAACAUGAGGCUGCAUCUGCAAGAGCCCAAGGGGCUCUGGUAGAUGCCAGCGAGCAGUAGAGACACUGCCACAGGCAUGAGGGUGAUGGAGACCCUGUGUCACUUGUGAGGGGUUGACAGAUACACCAGGUCACACGUGUGAAGAGGGAGGUGCCAUUGGAUGAGCAUGAGGGCUCAUGGGGUCACUGUCAUGAGGCUGCAAUGGCGCACGUUGCGGUGUGGGAGUGCGGUGAUGGUGCACCCACUGUGCUGCUGGUGGACGGUGUGAUGGGACGUGCCAUGUCAUGAGCACAAUGGAUGCAAGUUUGAGUUUGAUAGAUCACAUCACGGGUGUGAGGUGAUGGCACCAGGGUGGCUGAUGGCGGAUGCACCACACUGCGGGAGGGAAGAAGCGAUGGAGCAGGCGGUGACAAGAAGGACAACGUGUCACCGGGACGAGGGGACACCAGGCUCAUGUCCCUCCCUGCCGGUGCCCAGGGAGCUGUCACCUGGGACAGCCCAGAGCACCAGCCACCUCCCUGGACCUCAGUGGCCGCUUUGAGAGCAGGGGGUCCUUGUUGGCCACAUGGGUAGGAGAACUCCAAGCCCAUGUCUACUUGGUGCCACCAUGGUCACUCAUGCUGGGCCCAGGGCAUCUGAACCAAGACACAGCCAGGGCCAGUGCUGGGGGAGCAAGGAGGAGUCGGGGGGGACCCUGUGGCCUGGGUUUGUAGCCAGGCCUGGUCACUGCCACCCACCAACCCCGAGGAGGCUCCGGCCGCCUCCCGGCCGGCACUGAACUCUCAAUAGACAUGAAAGCCAUAUUUGUAGGAAGCUCUGGAGACGCCGUGGGGCAGCAGCGGGGCAGGGCAGAGGACGGUCUGUGUUGUUGUGCUGUGUUCUUGUAUGUACAUAAAAGGGAGACAACGAACGUUGAUGUGACUUUAUAACCUUUCUAAUAUCCUGUGCUAAUCUCGGAAAAUAAUCCUAUAAAUAUAUCUGGAUUACACACGUUA